AUGUUUUUCGCCAAGUCCGCUUUCCUGGUCUCGUUCCUGGCCCUCAGCAAUGUUGUUGUUGCGGCCGGCCCGUCCGCCUGUCUUCUAUCGGCUGUGGGUCAGCAGGAGAACCCGGCCGACAUGAAGGCCAUGUGUGUCACCAACACCAAGCGCGUGCAGAAGGAGAUCGCCGAUUCCUGCGGAAAGGACAAGGACGACGCUCUGAAGGAAUACGCCGAGACCUGCGCCGACAACGACCACAAAGUUGAAAUCGCCUCGAAAUCCUCGGAUAAUUCCGCCUCCAAGACCGGUGGCUCCCACUCGAGCGACAGCUCUGCCUCCGCGACCGGCGGCUCCUCCAGCAACGAUGAUUCCUCCAGCAGCGAUGACUCCUCCUCCUCCUCCUCCCCGUCCUCCGGUUCCAGCACCGGCUCGUCGGCGUCCGCCAGCGCUUCGCCUUCUGACUCGGUCUCGGCUGGUUCGUCCGACCGUCAGGUCUCUGCCGCUGCGUUUGCCGCCGUUGUCUUCCUGGGUUUUGCCGCUACUAUGUAG